AUACCGGAAAUAAACAUUGACUGACAAAGAAAGUCUGGAUUUUUGUAGAUAUUUUUGGAAACCAGUCGUCAUCCAGCCACAUAAGCUAGAAUUAAAUAAAAACGUUGCUAACAAAAGAAUGGAAACUAAUGAUGUUAUUACCUUACAUCAAUGUGUUGUAUGUGACAAGAUUUUUCAACAAUAUGCCGAUUUAGAAUAUCACAACAAAAUUCACAUUAAAGAAGAGAAAACAGAUGAAGAGAAGGGUGAUGACGAAUCUUGUCAUGUUAAAGAAGAGAAGGGUGAUGAAGAGAAGGAUGAUGACGAAUCUUAUCAUUUUGAAGAAGAUAUGGAAACACGACAUCAGUGUAAUUUGUGUGAUGAAAGAUUUGAAUUAGAAAUUGAUUUAAAGAAACACUGUGAAGUACAUGUUAAAGAAGAGACGUCUUUUUUACAACCCAGCAGUUCUAGUCCGUUAAACGAAACAGGGAUACAAAUCCAAAAUGACUGUAAAGCUCAUACAAAAUCUGACGUUUAUGGUAAAGCAUUAAGUGAUUGUGGAACUCUUCAAAUACAAAUGAGUACUCAAACUGAAAAAAACCCUUAUAAAUGUGAUGUUUGUGGUAAAUCAUUUAAAUUAAAUGAAGAUCUUAAGGGACAUGUGGAGAAUCAUACUGUUUGUGGUAAAUCAUUUAAAUUAAAUGAAGAUCUUAAGGGACAUGUGGAGAAUCAUACUGUUUGUGGUAAAUCAUUUAAAUUAAAUGAAGAUCUUAAGGGACAUGUGGAGAAUCAUACUGUUUGUGGUAAAUCAUUUAAAUUAAAUGAAGAUCUUAAGGGACAUGUGGAGAAUCAUACUGUUUGUGGUAAAUCAUUUAAAUUAAAUGAAGAUCUUAAGAGACAUGUGGAGAAUCAUACUGUUUGUGGUAAAUCAUUUCAAUUAAAUGAAGAUCUUAAGGGACAUGUGGAGAAUCAUACUGUUUGUGGUAAAUCAUUUAAAUUAAAUGAAGAUCUUAAGAGACAUGUGGAGAAUCAUACUGAUGAAAAGGCUUAUAAAUGUGAUGUUUGUGGUAAAUCAUUUAAAUUAAAUGAAGAUCUUAAGAGACAUGUGGAGAAUCAUACUGAUGAAAAGGCUUAUAAAUGUGGUGUUUGUAGCAAAUCAUUUAGCUACACCAUCCCACUGCUUGUUCACAUGAGAAUUCACACAGGUGAAAAACCAUUUAAGUGUGAUGUUUGUGAUAAAUCAUUUACACAGCGAGGUGGCCUACAAAGGCAUGAGAGAAUUCAUACAGGUGAAAAACCUUUCAAGUGUGAUCUUUGCGGUAAACCGUUCGCUCAGAGAAACGGUCUACAAGACCACCGAAGAAUUCAUACAGGAGAGAGGCCGUAUAAAUGUGAUGUUUGUGGUAAAUCAUUCACUGAUAAGGGCAAUUUACAGACACAUAUCAAAACUCACUCUGGCGAACGACCUUUUAAAUGUGAUGUUUGUGGAAAAUUGUUGACGCGGAAAAGUACUCUCCAGAGCCACAUGAGAACUCACACCGGAGAAAGGCCUUUUAAAUGUGAUGUUUGUAGUAAAUCAUUUACUCAGAGAAUCGUUCUACAGAAUCAUAUGCGAACUCAUCAGGGAUCUUAAAUACUUGGGGGAGCCACGGUGGCUACAUGUAAGUGGGUAGAACGCUGGCUCGCUAGCCUGGAGGUCGCGUGUUCAAUCCCUGCAUUGGCCCAGAAACUUCAUCUGGAUUUUCCAACGUGUUUCCCCCUUUUCAGUGGUGCAGGACAGAGGGCCUGACAAGGACAGCUGUCCAGUCGUUUGGAUAGGAUGAAAAACCAAGGUCUUGUGUACACAUUGGCGUGCACGUAAAGGAUCCGUUGGCAUUUGGAAUUCAGUAUAAGAGCAAGCCAUAGUGCCGCUGUCCAGGCAAAAUUUCCCUCAUACAUGUAGCAAACUGUAUGGCGUAUGCUCGUCUUCAUUAGCCCAGUCAGGAGUAGGACGUUAAAGAGAGAGAGAGAAAUGGGGUAUAACGUCCACUCAACAGAGUAGGACGUUAAACCCCAUUUCAUUUGAAUUAAUCAAUCAGCUGAUUAUAGUCGGCUUCAGCUGCUUGAUGUUUGAAAAGCAGAUUAAUAAAACAAUGAACCUGCCACUGUGUGGAAUAAAGCAUGAGACUGGAGUUAGGCUGAGGAAAGAAAGACUGAAAAAGAUAAAGUGAAAGGCGGCCUCGGUUUUUCUAUUGAAGGUUUUUUUCUGAAGUCUUUCAUCCCCAGCAAAAAACUAAGUUGAGGACUUUAUCUUGCUUAUAAACCGUCUAUGAUUAUAUGUACGUAAAAUGAAAAUAUCCCAUAAUUGCAAUUAAAUAAAAAAAACCCUUAUAUCAUGUUUUCUUAUGGAAAAAAAAUCCCCUACCCUGGAAGAAUAACCUGUUACAGGUUUAAAGAAAAACUUUCAGAAGAAUCAUCCAAAAAUUUCCUUGUAUAUAUCCAAAGCUGAUCUCCCAAUUUUCAGACCGCAAGUUAUUCCGGGCAUAGAAUAUACCCCAAACAUCAAAGGGAUUUACCGUUAUAGGUUUAUUAUAAGGUAUCAUAAAUCAAUCCACCUGUACAAGAGUUUAAUCAUUAGGCAUAUCUGUUGAUUAAAAUCCCUGGAACUGAUACUGGAGGUAAAACCUGAUUAUUAGUUUAAUUAUCACUAAUUCUCCGGUACAUAUUGGCCUAUAUCAGUAGAAAUUGAUAUUGGCCCAUAUUCUGCCGUUAUGUUGAUGCAGGAAACCCUGAUAUCUGUUCAAAAAGAGUGUAAAUACCUUGAAAUUAUUAUUUGAGUUUUGAACAAGAUAAUUAUUCUCUCAUGUUUGGAAUUUUACGAAGAGAAGUCAAACUACAUGUAGGUCUAAAUUUAACAAUAUUUUAACCCAUGGGCGGUGGAGGUAUCUGCUGCUUUCUUGAAAAUGUUUGGCACAUGUAUUGA